UUCGAGACUGUAAACACUGGUGGUCUACCUGCGCUGUUCAGGAGUGGCACUUGGCAGCUUCAUCCCUUACCAUGACCAAUUGAUUUUCUCAAGAUUGAAACCCAUGACAUACACUCAUGACACUCAAUGUGAUAAAUAAGUGCUAAUAUCAUAUCGUUUAAGCAAACUAUCCCUUGACUCCCGCUGUUGUUGUGUUAAGUGGCCAAAAGCUCCCGAGUCACCUGACAUUACCUCCAACACUGAACUGGAGUAAUAAAAGGUUGUGUCAACCAUUACAAUUCCAUCAAAAAUGCAGACCAUAGACAAGGAAAAGGGUCUGGUUUGGGGUUUGUUGGAAUCUGUGGGCGACUUCAACGAGGGUGUGCGACAGACGGUUGCAGGAUCUCUCAUAACAUUAGGGCAUCAGCAUCCAGCUUUAGUUCUAUCUUCUAUCCACAAGUUCAUCUCUAGUCCACAGACUGCUCCAAAGGUACAGGUACAAUCCAUCUUGUACAAUACAACAGAGAAUAUAGUACGUGAGUGUGGGGAGAAAAUAGAAGAUCCAGAGUUGAUUGGCACAUGGAUAGAAGGAGCAAUCAAGCUGAUGACACUACCGUCAGUAGCACCUGACCUUCAGGAAGCUGCCUCAGGGCUAAUGGUAGCACUUGGUAGUAACCCUGCCCAUUGUAAUGCUGUGAUGGAGAGCUUAGUAUCCCAGAUCCAAACUGGAAUAUUGCCCUCUCAGAGCAUUGUUGAAACUCUUGGAGCAUUGGCUGCUGGCAAUGUCAAAGGAACUGUGCCAUACCUGAAGAUAUUAUUAGGUCUUAUUGUUGGGUGUCUUCCUCAAGUGAAACAGGAUAGCCUUAAGAUGGCAUUGGCUGCUAUGUUGAGUAAAUUUUCAGAAUCCAUUUUAGAGGCUGUAGACAACAAAGAACCUGAUCCUAAUAUCACUGUUGACUCUUACAUGAAUGAAGGUGCUGCCAUAUUUGAGUUAUUAGUUCAUCUUUGGUUGAAAAGUUCCAAUGCAGGUGUGAGGCAUGAAACAAUAGUGUGUCUUGGUCAUAUGAGUCAUCUUCUUUCCAAAGAGAAGCUUGAAGAGCUGGCAGGGUUAGUAGUGACCACUAUUCUGUCGCUGUAUCGUAAAACUUCCUCUCCAUACAGCCUCACUUUAUCAUUAGCUUUAUUAAUGGAUGCAUUGUUUAGAAAUAACCUCACAGAGGGUAUGAAAUUUCAUGUAGAUAAUUUACUAAGCAGUUUGUUCAACCAGGUUUGUGUCACCCCCAAUUAUGCAGAACCUUUCACAGUCAAGAACCAUUACGAGGUACUACGUUGUUAUGAACUUCUUGGAAAUCACUAUCCUGAAAAUUUGAUGAAUCACCUGUUACAAAGGCUUGAGAAUGCUAGUCACAUGCAGAGGGUUGGAGCCCUGGUAGUGACUAAACAUCUUGUAAAUAGCAAAACUCUCAGUAAAGAGAAUAUUUCUAACUUAGUUUCUGCACUAAACACAAUUCUAACUGACCCAAAUAGCAAAGUGGUGAAGAGUGUUACACAAGUCAUUGUUGCAAUGUGCCACAAUAGUCAUCUUACUGCACCAACGAGUGAUCCAUUUAUCACAUACUUAGUCAAACACUCUGCUGGUGGGGCUCCACCCCAAGGUCGAAGACCAUCACUGGCCGAGCCAGAGGGAGAAUCUGUGUCCGAGGUUAGUCGUCGAGUACUUCAUUUGCUAGCCACCACUGUAGAGGCUGCUAAACCCUUAUUAUGGCCACAUUUACUGAACUUUGUAUGUAGUGCAGAACAUGAUGCUAGUUUACCUUUAACUCUAGGUUGUUUAGCACAUUUGGCCAAUAAUUAUGCAUCAUUUAAUGAAGGGGAACCACUUCUAGUAGGUCAUCCAGGACCCCCUACUGCUCCAGUGCUACUCUCACGGUUAUUGGUGCUAAGUUGUGUGCCAGGUGAUGGAGUUGUUGGGAUAGCAUCUCUGAAACUUCUGCAGGGCCUGGCAGCUCAUGUCAGCCCCAGUGUUGUAGAACCUUGGAACCAACACCUUCCACAGCUCCUGACAACAUUUCAAGACCUGACAGUGAAGGGUGAUGCUGAGCCUGCUGCAAUGCAGAUGUGGCAUGAUUCCCUGCGAGACUUUCUGGCUUCAACUAUCAUUCACAUCAACAAUGAAGAAUAUACCAUAAAUAUUGGAAAGGCUCAGAUGGAGCAACUUCAGCUCUAUGACAAGCAACAGGCUCAGCUGUGCUUCAUGAUGUCUCUAAUAGGUGUUACUCUGAAGCACACAACCAAUAAAACCUUCAUCGCUACCACCUUGGACUCACUGUUUAAUGCAACUUGUCAUAAGUCAUCUGUUGAACGAGAGAGUUUGGCUUUGUGUGUAGGAACAACAGCUGCCUCCCACACUGACCUCGUCUUGACCCACAUUGAUAUGUGGCUCAAGUCAGCAGAUCCUACAAAGAGACCCAUGUCCUUUUUUAACUUGAUUAAACAAGACACACGAACUGAUGAGUCAUCCUGGGUGCGGGCAAGUUUGGUGCUGUGUUUAGGCCAGAUAUCCACUCUAGCUCCUCCUAAUGUAGUUGGUAACCGAGUAGAUGGCCCCAUCAUGCUCCAUCUUCUUAAUAUCAUCAACAGUAACAAGAGUGUUACUGUAAAUGAGGCUGUCCUUCAAGCAACAAGUAAUAUUGCCAGGGCCCUUAUCCGACUCCCAGACUUUAAGCUACGUCAGCGCCCAUUGCUCAUUACUCACCUAGUCAACACUGCAAAGAUGGAUAACAUCCCUCACCCUGUUCUGGCUAGUGUUCUUCAGGCACUGAGAGAUCUUGUAGCUCUGGAACCCGAGUUAAAUGUGGAAGAGAGAACUAUUAUCUUACAGGCAGCAUUAACAGCUACUCUGCCAUGCUUAAGUCAUACAGAUAAUAUGAACUCGUACCUCACCAAGUGCUGUGCCCAGCUUAGUGUUCUCAUUAGAACGGUUAUACAAAAGGACACUAAUCCUGCCACCCUAGAUGAUGUGACAACUCUACUUCAGUCAUGGACAGUUGCCCCUACUGAACUUAUCAGAAUUAAGUCAGUAGAACUUCUCCAUGCAGCACUACGAACUUAUUACGACCACCUGAACAUCACAAUUGAGGGUCCAACCAACUUCAAUCAAACAUGCCAGCUUUUAGCUUUCCUAACUCCUCGACUGACGGAUCCUUGUUCUCAAGUACGAACUCAAGCAGUUGGGAGUGUAUACACAGUGUUGCGAAUAGCAGGCCGUUAUAAUGGCUUAACACCAAACCAUGUUGAUGAAGAUCUUGAGCUUCUUAAGAUUGCUGAGGAGCAGAUAUCUGUUGAUGAUCCACAGAGGAUUGAAAAUCUUGCUAAAGAUGUGGGCAAGGUUAUAAGCAACAAGCUGUCAUUUGUCCAACUCCGCUCCUUUUUGUCAAGUGUGGUGGUAGGACUGCAGGACCGGCUGGGUGAGUCUUCAGCAGGAGUAGCUCUUGUCUUAACCACAGUCUUCACUCUUCGUGGUCACCAACUUCAUCAGCACAUUAAGGAAUUAUUAGAUUCCAUAUACAAUAGGCUAGAAAAAGUUACCCAUAAAGAGACAAGACAGAGAUCAGUGAAAGCUCUUGCCCGUCUGUCUUCCCACAACCUGAGUCUGGUGCUAGAUACUAUACUGACAUAUCCUCUCCCAUAUGAAAGGGGUGUAAGUGAGACGUGGCAAAAUCUGGGCCAUGAUCCACAACUUUGCGCAUCGACAAUAAGUCUCCUGACACAGAUUUUAGAACGUACUCAACUCUAUUCAGAGCAACCUACCACCACUGAUGAUACUGUCAAGAUUGCUACAAUCCCACCAUUAUCAGCUGUGUGUGGCCUAUGUGAACUGAUGCAUGACUUGAGAGUACACACUGAAACAGAACACGAGGAGGAGGACUGGGAGAAAGUUGAGUGUGGUGAAAAAGUAGAAGUAACCCAAUCUUGGCCUGACUCUCAGCAGAUCAUGAGUGACAACUUCCCAUCAUUAGCAGCAUUACUUUUGCUCUCAUAUGGCUCUUAUGUUGGAGUGGUCGCCCCCCUUCAUCAGACAGCCACUGCAAACUCCAAAAGUGCCUUUAAUUUUGUACCUAAUAGAGGUGCAACAACUCUUGUUCCUACUAAAGUUGUCCUUCGUUGUUUUCAGUCAUUAGUGAAUAUCAUAGACUGCAAGUCGCUCAGUACUGCAUUGGUAUCAAAGAUCAGAGAUGAAAACGAUGAAACUCUUGAGAUGUUUCUGCAUACCAUCUCUGAAAUCACAGCGAUGCUGGUGCAUGAAUCUCCUAAACAUAUUGAGAAACUUGUAAAGUGUUUGGAAACUCAGCAUGUAUAUGAGAUGCAGAGAGUGACUGUGGCAGCAGUCUUUGCUCAGUUAAUUGCAGAAAAAUGUGGAGGGAAUUAUGAACUUCUGGAAAAUAUCACUGAUGGUUUGUUAUCAAGACUGAAUGACCGCUCAGUGCAUGUUCGGCGCUUAGCUGUACGGGGUCUUGCCAAUUUUGCUCAGCUGCAGAAUGAUCAAUGCUAUUUCCCUCAGUGGUUUUCGGUAUCAGAAAAAUUGGCAGAGAUUAUUACUGCUCUGGUUGAAGCAACGGACCAACGUGAUAGUAGCAAUUGUGAUGGAGUUAGUAUAGAAACCCAGGUAGCUCUGGAGGCUUUAAGAGGACUUGCUGCUCUCCUGCCACGUCUGCCGCAGGAAACUGUACUCCAGCACACACCUACACUCCUCAUCAGAAUCAGACUCUUUUCAGAAAAAUCUUCAGGUGAGGUGCGUGAAGCUGGCUUAGGUGUUUUACGUGGCUUGGCAGCAUCAGUUGGUGGCAGUGAAGAGUUUCGAGAGCAAAUUCAUCUUCACCUUUUGGCAUCAUUAGUUCACUUGGCAGAUCCUCAUCCUCCAACAGUCGUGAUGUGCAAGAGUGCUCUGCAGGCAAUGGGUCCUCACCUUGGUUCAGAAGCAAUGAAUGUAAUGUUCCAGGAUCAUUUAAUUCCCAGUGGUGCUCUGAACUACCACCAGUUUAUUACUGACCUCACAAAGCACAUGGUAAUGGAUCUGAAAGAUCGCAUGGGAUUUUUCAUUCAAGCUGCUUCAUCAUACUUCAAAAGUUCAGAGUCAUCUCUGCGUCGUGCUGCUGCUCUGUUGAUCGGUAAUCUGGUGUACCACAGUAAAGGCAGUGAUGAGUUAAAUGUAUCAGCAGUCAGCCAUGGCCUCUUGUACCUUCUUCGUGAUCCAGACUCAUCAGUGAGAACUGCUGCUGCGAUUGCUAUUCCACUACUCUACAGACAUAAUAAUCUUCUCUAAUGUAAUCAAAAAGUGAGAGGUUUUACAGGUAUCUCUAUUUCUGUUAAUGAACAAUAUCCAUCAGAUACACCGUAUCAUGAAAAAAAAUAAUAAUAGCUAUUGUAAAUCAUAGCUACUGUAAAUCCUUCACAACCUUGUUAGAUCAACACCUUUUAAAUUUGAUUAUUAUUUACCUGAACAGAUUAUACAGUAAUCUUUCUAUUAAAGAUCUGUAAAUGAUUAAUAUUAA